AACAAGCAUCCAGUGCACAAGUAUGAUCAUCAAAAGCAAUGCACCGCUCUCACCGGUGGAAGAUAGAACAACCUUAAGAAGUCUGGCAUCCAAAUCUAUCAGAAUUGAGCCCGUAGAGAAGCAGCUACCUUCAGAUAUGGAUCUGAUGAAGGAAAGGUUUGCCAAGUUGCUUCUGGGAGAGGAUAUGUCUGGUGGGGGAAAGGGUGUUUCAUCAGCUUUGGCACUCUCCAAUGCCAUCACAAACCUUGCAGCCUCUGUUUUUGGCGAACAAAAGCGGUUAGAGCCUAUGGCACCAGAGAGGAAAGCAAGGUGGAGAAAAGAAAUUAACUGGCUCUUAUCAGUGACUGAUCACAUUGUGGAAUUUGCUCCUUCCAAACAAGUUUCAAAAGAUGGAACUAACAUGGAGAUAAUGACAACAAGGCAACGGACUGAUCUCCACAUGAACAUCCCCGCCCUGCGCAAGCUUGAUGCAAUGCUUAUGGACUGCCUUGAUAACUUCAAAGACCAGAAUGAAUUCUGGUAUGUUUCAAAAGACGAUGGAUCAGAGGCGGGGAAAAACAAGAGGGAUGAUGAUAAAUGGUGGAUACCGACACCUAAAGUUCCCCAAAACGGUUUAUCUGAUACCACGAGGAAAUGGAUUCAAUUCCAGAAGGACUCUGUGAACCAAGUACUAAAAGCUGCUAUGGCCAUUAAUGCUCAAGUUAUAACAGAAAUGGCGAUCCCUGACAACUACAUUGACUCUCUCCCCAAGAAUGGGCGGGCUAGCCUUGGGGACUCGAUCUAUAGAAGUAUCACAGUUGACGACUACUUUGAUCCUGGUCAUUUUCUUUCAAUGAUGAACCUAUCAUCGGAGCAUAAAAUUCUUGACCUAAAGAACAGGAUUGAGGCAUCGGUUGUGAUAUGGAAGAGGAAAAUGAAUGCCAAAGAUGGAAAGUCUGCUUGGGCUUCAGCCGUGAGCUUGGAGAAGAGAGAACUAUUUGAAGAGAGAGCACAAACCGUCUUACUAAUUAUUAAACAUCAGUUUCCUGGAAUUCCUCAAUCUGCACUAGACAUCAGCAAAAUCCAAUACAACAGGGAUAUUGGACAAGCGGUUCUGGAGAGCUAUUCACGAAUAUUAGAAAGUUUGGCCUUCACAGUCAUGUCAAGAAUAGAAGAUGUUCUCCAUGCCGAUUCUCUUGCACGAAGUCCAUCACUCGGAGAAGAAAAAAAGCACCCUCUAAGAGAUUCCACGACAGUUAUGAGAUCGGGUAAGUUUCCAAAUGUAGAAGAGGAGAUAGAGGAGCUGAACUUGACAGAGACACCCACUUCAACAACUCUAUCAGAGUUCAUGGGUUGGACUUUAAAUGCAACAGAGACUGAAAUGAAGAAAGAUUCAUCAGAUGAUUUGGUCAAAGAAAACAAUGCAAAGCCCCCAAACAAACUGCUUAGCGUUAUGACCAGCAGCAAAUUUUCCUACAUUGAGAAGCUCGAGACCUUGGGUGGUUUAAGAAGUCCAACAUCGCACCAAUGAUGAAAAUUAGUGUGGACACAAAAAAGAAAAUACUAUUUUCUUCUGAGAAACUGAUCAAGCAGUUCUGCCCACAAACAUAGUGAUUAUAUUAAAGAAACCGAGACUAUAGAGAGGGGAUGAUAAAUCACUACUUUGUAGUGAAAUGUCAUUUGUUGGCAUCAAGAUGGGAAGAGUGUUUACCAAUACAUAUCCUAACAGACUUUGGCCUCACAGAGACAACACCAAGAGAAGUUCAGGAGCGGAAUCAGAAAUUUUCUUUUGGGAAGAGCCGAGAAAUGUUGAAACGCUUGUUUUGAACAAAAAUUAACAAAUGAAAUAAUUUAUUGCGGAUGAAAAACUUGUUGUAUCAAAAAGGAAAUUAGCUGCAACUGAAAUACUUUUCAUUGAUGUUAGAGGUUUAAAAAGUUACAUGUAUAUAAUAUAGGACUUGUUAAGAAAGAAUGUAGGCAAUGUAAGAUCAUAAAGAAAUAUUGGAGAUCCCAAAGUCAUAUGUCAUAUAUACAUAGAUUGUAAUGACAGAUAAAUAAUAUCUGUUUGGUAAGAGAAUACAAAGAAAAAAAGAAAAAGAAAAAGAAAAAGAAAAAGAAAAAGAAACUAUUGGUUUAUUUUUUGGAGUUCUAAUAUGUUUUAGAUUGAAAAAAGUACAUUUUAUCUUCCAUUUGGUUAAAGAUUUUUCAAGAGGCAACAUGCUAAUUUAUACCUGCAUUUUAAAGUAAAAAAUUCUAAGAUUUUAAUUUAAUUUUUUUUUUUUAAUUUUAUUUUGAAGGGGUAUGCUUGAGCCUUCGACAUUAUUUGGUCAUUAAAGUUAUAAACAAAAUAUACCCCAAAAUAAAACUUUACGAAUAAUCGUCAUCUGUAGGCAAUGUAAGAUCAUAAUGAAAUAUAUUGGAGUUCCCAAAGUCAUAUGUCAUAUAUACAUAGAUUGUAAUGACAGUUAAAUAAUAUGUCUGGUUGGUAAGACAAAAAUUAUUUGCAUAAUUAACAGGAAAAAAAAUGAUACCAAAAAAAAAAAUAGAAAAUGAAAAAGAAACUAAUGAUUUAUGUUUGGAGUUCUAAUGUUUUAGAUUGAAAAAAGUACAUUUUAUCUUCCAUUUGGUUAAGGAUUUUUCAAGGGGCAACAACAUGCUAAU